AUGGCUUCACAUGACCCGAUCGCAGUUCGAAAGAGUAUAAGACGCUUAAGGUCAACUGGCCGGUUUUCUGAGGCUGAUCAAUUGAUCGCUAACUUGCCGGGUGAGGUGAAAAUUUCGAGUAAUGUCGCAAUCGAAAUCGCCCAGUUGUAUCUGGUCCAGGGGCACUGGCGCCUGGCUGCCCAGACCUGCGAAGUUGCGUUCGAGUCCAGGUGGGAUGAGUAUGACGCCGUCAAUGUCUUGCAUCAUGACCGAGCUGUGGAAGUUGCGGCUUUUAAAAUGCUGAGCGCUUUCAUCGGUAUCGGUCGCUACUCUAAAUUGAAGACGGCUUUAGAGAUAGCCCGUAGGGUUGGAAACACUUGGAAUUUCCACGAUCCGUCAUUGCCACCAUAUGAGCCGACAAGUUUGGGGGAUACCGAGGGUCAAUGCGAGCUUCCGCUGAUAGCACAAAUUUCGUUGAGCGACACGGUGGAUUCUUCUGCGACGACCUCCCACUCAGUACCGGAAAACACGGACACCAUUGCACAUUACGAAGUCAGUCUCCCUAGCUUCACCUCUGCCCCUUCUGUGCUCCUCUACACCGAUUGGAGAUGA